GGGCAAGUUUACUUUAAUUUGCGCCGAUCUCGCGCACUUGGCUUUCGCACAUAUUCCGCGGCGGACGCAUUUGAGCGUGAUUUCUGUUUUUAUCUUAGCAAACUUCGAUACAGUAAAUUGUGACAUUUUGGCAUUUCCGAACCUGCAAGUAUUACUGUCGAUCUGAUCUGUGUGAUUGUGGCACCCGUUGAUGUGCGUGAGGUGAACUGGCGGCUUGAGGGCCAAUUUGGAGUGAUUGGAGCGCGUUUUACGACGGCCUAUAAUGGAAUGCCUCGUAUGCAGCUGUGCAUAGGGAACAAAUAAAAGUGAAGUGGAACGCGUCGUUCGAAAUCGGGAUGCUGAUGGGGAGAUCGUAAAGAUCUCAGAGGCAGAUUGUGUGCAGUCGGAAGUGCAGCAUGCGUGAAUUUUCUGAGAAAAAGAAAUACAUAUUCGGCAGCAACGCUGAAUGAGUCUUCAACAAGUGACAAACGACUAGGAGAGGAAGGCUGUUGAGUAGUGAAGAUAGCGCACUAAAGAUCAUCUGUGAAAUUUUAUACAUUUUGCUCGAUAAAAAGUCCUCUCCCUUCGGGUGUUCGCUUGUGUUGGGAGAAGAAAGGCGAAAAACACUGUUAUUUACGGCUUCAAUGAGCACAGAUCAACGGAACGGAAGAAAAUUGUUGAAAUGAGAAAAUAACUUGAUCCUCGGUGAGAGGCGUUGAAAAGUGGAAAGUGACCUUUCAGCAACUGCAAACAUUUGUCCCAGCGUUCAACGAAAUCCACGGUGGAGUGCGGCAAACAACGAAAAGUACAAGGGUCAAAAUGAUCAAGGUCGACGAGAACUAUCCCGCGCAAGAUCUGGCACCGGCGUUCCCAUACCGGCAGGUAGAGCUCAAAGAGGACGUCGAUCCGAGACAGCAUUUCGACAUACUGCCCGAACUUGGACGGGGAACCUUCGGCACGGUAUUUCUGUGUCGCGAGAAGAGCACCGGGUUGGAGUUGGCUGCCAAGAUAGUAUCUUGCCGAAAGAAGAAGGAGCGAAUCGAUGCCGUCCGGGAGAUUGACAUCAUGAGCUGUCUGCACCAUCCCCGGCUGAUACAGCUGUACGAUGCGUUCGACUUCGAGAACAAAGUGUAUGUGAUACUUGAGCUAGUCCAAGGGGGUGAGCUGUUUGAACGUGUUAUAGACGAUGACUUUGUACUAACCGAGAAAGCGUGCGCCGUGUUCAUGAGACAAAUCUGCGAAGGAAUGGAAUACAUUCACAGCCGGAGUAUAAUUCAUCUGGACAUGAAGCCAGAAAACAUUCUAUGUCUUACCAAGACUGGAAAUCGGAUUAAAAUUAUCGAUUUUGGAUUUGCCAGGCGAUAUGAUCCCGAUAAAAAACUUCAAGUUUUGUUCGGUACACCAGAAUUCACGGCUCCCGAGGUGAUCAACUACGACGAAAUCUCUUUCUAUACGGACAUGUGGAGUUUAGGGGUCAUCUGUUACGUACUACUGUCAGGGCUGUCGCCAUUCAUUGGCGAUAACGACAUGGCCACGAUGAACAACGUAAUGCAGGGCAAUUACUCGUUCAAUUACAGUUCCUUCGACGUUGUGUCGGAGGAUGCCAUGGACUUUGUCCGCAAGCUGCUAGUGCGUGAAGGCAAGAAGCGGCUUAGCGCCCAGCAAGCCCUCAAACACAAGUGGCUGGCAGAGACGGCCCAGAACACGACCGAAUUAUCUAUAACAAAAACAAAGUUGAAACGUUAUGUUAUCAAGAAGCGAUGGAUCAAGGCGGUCAACACGAUCAUCGCACUGCGGCGGAUGGGCGCCAGGAUUGACUUCGAUCUGAUCUGAUGAGGUGUACCAGCCGGAUGAACGGGUUGCAUGGAAGGCAAGGCGCGGAAGCCUCACGGUAUCCUAGCUGUUAAGUAGUUGUAAAACGGUUCGUUAUCCAUUCUUACACAUUGUUUAAACUAUAUAUAUAUAAAUCCUCCAUCUAUCAAUAAAAUUCAAAAUCCGAUAAAUGGUGAAAAUAUUCUACUUAAGAUCGUUUUAAAAGUAUGAGACUAGCGUAGCUUAAAUGAAUUGGUGAAAAUAAUUAUAGCCCGGAAGAUUACACCAUUGUUAUCCUCAAAUAUGAUUUUUUUCUCUGAAAUUUAUACCUAAGUAAGCUUUUUUUUAAUCACGAAUACUGAGCGCAUUUUACAACAAUAAGAAAUAUAAAUCGCACCUUUUAGCUGCGCUUGUUAGUAA